UAGCCGAAACCUCUUUAAGUGGUAAGAACUUAUCUUUUUCUAUGUCAAAAACCUGUGUGUUGAUUGUAAAGAAUCCAUGUUAUUGUUGAAGGGAGGGAUUUUAAUGGAAGGACCGAGUUCGGAGAGGUAAGGAGUGUCUCCAGUCCACUCUCUAUCUAUCUAUCUAUUCUAUGCGUCGUGAAGCUUAUCCUCAAAAUUCAUAUUAACUUUUUGUGGCUGAAAAUGUUUUUAUUUAUGUGACGACUUUAACUUGUAAUAUUUAUACCCCACAUGAGGCAAGUAGGAGUUGCUAUUUUCAAAGAUAUUUCUACCUCAUCAUUUCAUUUCAGUUGGUCAUUUCUUCUUUUGCUAUUUCACUUUAACCAAUAUUCAUCAAAUCCAUCCAUGUCUUCUACUACCAAUCCAAAGAGAAAGAGCUACGACGUGUACUUGGGUUUCUGUGAUGAAGAUGCGGGUUCUUUUGCUUUGGAACUCUAUACAGCUCUUAGUUCACAAGCUGAAAUCAUUGUUUUCUGGGACGAUUACAGGAUUGGAUUUGGAGAUCAAGAAGUACCAACCUCGGUGCUGAAUGUGAUUGCAGAUUCCAAAGUUGUUGUAGUCAUAUUAUCAAAGAAUUAUACGCAUUCUAGAUGGUGUCUUCAAGAAUUGGAGAAAAUAACCCAGUGUUACCGAACCAAAGAUGGUCCCGUUGUUUUACCUGUGUUCUAUGAUGGUGUCCAUUCCCCCAGUAGAAUAUUGCAGGAAGAUAUGUAUGGAGAGGCUUUUCAUGAUUUUCUGGAUAGAAUUUCAAUGAAGGAGAAAACCUCUUCCGAAGAUGAAGACAAGUUCAUGAGUUGGGUAGCAGAAAUCAGCAAUGAAGCUUCCAAAUAUGCUGCAUUAGCUUUUUUACGAUAUGGACCAAAUCAGAACAGAGGUGAACAUAUAACACAUGUAGUUAAAUGUGCUACUCUUAUUGUAAGCAAGAAAAGAGCCUCGUUCCAUAUAGAGAGCAUACACUCUCGUGCCCAAGAUGUGAUUCAACUAUUGAAACAAUCAAAAUGUCCUCUUUUAGUAGGGAUAUGGGGGAUGACAGGGAUUGGCAAAUCAACCAUCGCCAAUGUCAUUUAUCAUAAAUUUGGUCCCUUUUUUCAGGGGUUUUGCUUACUCAAAACAAUCAGCGGAAUUUGUAAAAAAAAAAUUCACGGUCUAACUUCCUUGCAAGAGAGUCUUGCUGAAUUUUAUAGCAACAAACUUUCAAUCGAGUCAGGAAAAAAUAUUAUAAAAAGAAGCUUUCAGCAUAAAAGAGUACUCAUUGUACUUGACGAUGUUGAUAAGUUGGAUCAGUUAAAAGUUUUGUGUGGAAGUCGAUAUUGGUUUGGUGCUGGGAGCAAAAUAAUCAUCACCACACGAGAUAGGCGUCUGCUUAAGCAGCAUGGAGUUGACCAUAUAUACAGCGUGAAAGAACUGAACGAACGUGAAUCUCUUGCACUUUUGAAUUGGGGUGGAUACAGCCUACCAACAAAUACUCAACAAUAUUUUGGUGAACCUUCUAGGGAAUUAGUUACUAAUUCUUGGGGAUUGCCUCUUGCUCUGGAAGAACUUGGGUUGUUUUUGAAUGGAAGGAAGCACUUCAGUGUAAGAAUGUGUUGAAGAGUCUCGAAAGACUUUCCAUUCCAGCUCCACGACUACAAGAAGCUCUAGAAAAGAGUUUUAGGGAUUUGAGUGAUGAAGAGAAACAAGUAUUCCUUGAUAUAGCAUGUUUCUUUGUUGGGAAGAAGCAAAAUGAUGUACAACAAAUAUUAAAUAAAUCAAAACAGUACGUGGCUCUUCAAAUAAGUCUCCUUGAAGACAAGAGCCUUAUAACCAUUGAUGAGGAUAACAAGAUUCAAAUGCAUGUUAUGCUACAAGCCAUGGCAAGAGGUAUAAUUAAGAGAGAAUCAAGUCAAAAGACCGAUCAGCCAAAGAUGUAUGAUGUGUUUUUGAGUUUUAGAGGGGACGACAGUCGUGUGAAAUUCGUUUCACAUUUGAAUUCCUCUCUUCAAAAUUCCGCGAUUCAUGUUUUCAAAGACGAUGACGAGAUCGAACGAGGAGAUCAGAUCUCAAUAUCACUGUUGCGAGCAAUUGGACGGUCUAGAAUUGCCCUCGUUGUUUUGUCUAAAAAAUAUGCUAAUUCAAGAUGGUGUAUGCUAGAGUUGGAGAAGAUCAUGGAAAUUGGCAGGGCCAGGGGUCUGGUGGUUGUGCCAGUGUUCUAUGAGGUGGAUCCCUCAGAAGUACGUCAUCAGAAAGGUGGUUUUGGAAAAGCCUUUGAAGAUCUUAUAUCAACAAUCUCGGUGGAUGAAUCCACAAAGAGUAAUUGGAGAAGAGACCUCAUUGAUAUUGGUGGCAUAGCAGGGUUUGUACUCAAAGAUUCCAGGAAUGAAAGUGAUGAUAUCAAGAAUGUUGUUGAACAUGUUACUCGUUUGCUAGAUAGGAAAGAGUUAUUUGUUGCUGAACAUCCAGUGGGAAUUGAAUCUCGUGUGCAAGCUGCAACUAAGCUAUUAAACAUCCAAAACGCAGAAGAUGUCUUACUUCUAGGGAUAUGGGGAAUGGGGGGUAUAGGCAAAACAACCAUUGCCAAAGCCAUUUAUAAUGAAAUUGGUAGCAAGUUUGAUGGAAAGAGCUUCCUUCUGAAUAUAAGGGAAUUUUGGGAGACAGGUACUAAUCAAGUUUCACUACAGCAACAAGUACUUUGUGAUGUUUACAAAACAACUUCAUUCAAGAUACGUGACAUUGAAUCAGGGAAAAAUAUAUUGAAGCAAAGACUUUCCCAGAAAAGGGUAUUUUUUGUACUUGAUGAUGUUAAUGAAUUGGACCAACUAAAGGCUUUGUGUGGAAGCCGAGAAUGGUUUGGUUCGGGGAGUAGAAUAAUCAUCACAACAAGGGAUAUGCAUCUUCUUAGAUCAUGCAGAGUUGAUCAAGUGUAUAAAAUAGAAGAAAUGGAUGAAAGUGAAGCUCUUGCUCUUUUCAGUUGGCAUGCAUUCAAGAAACCAAGUCCGAUAGAAGAUUUUGCUACACAUUCAACGGAUGUGAUUGCUUAUUCUGGGAGAUUGCCCCUAGCACUUGAAGUCCUUGGGUCCUAUUUAUCUGACUGUGAAAUAACCGAGUGGCAGAAAGUUUUGGAGAAACUUAGAUGUAUCCCCCAUGAUCAAGUACAAAAGAAGCUAAGAAUAAGUUUUGAUGGUUUAAAAGAUGUUACAGAGCAACAAAUAUUCCUUGAUAUAGCCUGUUUCUUGAUUGGAAUGGAUAAAACUGAUGCAAUAAAAAUAUUAAAUGGGUGUGGGUUUUUUGCUGAUGUUGGAGUUAAAGUCCUGGUAGAGCGAAGCCUUGUUACUGUUGACAAUAGAAACAAACUUAGAAUGCAUGAUUUGUUGAGAGACAUGGGAAGGCAGAUAAUUUAUGAGGAAUCACCAUUGGAUCCUGAGAACCGAAGUAGGUUGUGGCGUCGUGAGGAAGCGCUUGAUAUAUUAUCAAUGCAGAAGGGAACAGAAGCUAUCAAGGGUCUGGCUUUGAAGUUUCAGGGUGAAAAAACAGUUUGUCUGAAUACUAACGCAUUUAAGAAGAUGAAUAAGCUCAGAUUGCUUCAACUUGCUGGUGUGCAACUGAAUGGAGAUUUUAAAUGUCUUUCAAGAGAUCUUAGAUGGCUGUACUGGCAUGGAUUUCCAUUAACUUACGUUCCUGCAGAAUUUCAGCAAGGAAGUCUAGUUGCCAUCGAAUUAAAACAUAGUAAUCUCAAACAAAUAUGGAAGAAGAGCCAGAUGGUAGAGAGUCUAACAAUUCUUAAUCUUAGUCAUUCUCUACAUUUGACUGAAACCCCAAACUUUUCAUAUAUGCCUAAUCUUGAAAAGUUAGUACUCAAAGACUGUCCAAGUUUGUCUGCGGUCUCCCAUAGCAUUGGAUCUCUCCAAAAACUUCUUCUGAUAAAUUUGACAGACUGCACAGGUCUUCAAAAAAUUCCAAGAAGUAUUUAUAAAUUAAAAUCUCUAGAAACCUUGAUUCUUUCAGGAUGUUCCAAGAUUAACAAAUUGGAGGAGGACAUAGAACAGAUGGAAUCGUUGACAACCUUGAUUGCGGAUAAGACUGCUAUAGCAGAAGUCCCCUUUUCAAUAGUAAGACCAAAAAACAUUGAAUAUAUUUCUAUUUGCGGCUUUGAAGGAUUUUCAAAUGAUGUAUUUCCUUCUAUCAUUCGGUCUUGGAUGUCACCAUCAAACAAUGUGAAGUCCCUAGUUCAAACAUCUGUGUUCAAGGACCUUCCUAAGCUUCAAAGUCUUCUUGUGGAGUGUAACUCUAAAGCACAACUUAGUCGAAAUGUAAAAAAUAUUUUGGAUGUGUUAAAAGCCACAAAUUGUCGUAAAUUGGAUGAAAGCGAAACUAUAUCACAAAACUCUGAUAUGUUUCCUUCUCUUUUAAUUGAUGACUACCUUGGAGAAGUUAGCACAGGGUCAAAGAAUUACUUGAAAUCUUUCUUAAUUCAAAUGGGAACGAAAUACCAAGUCUCCAAUAUUGCCGAAGACGGUGUUCUGCAGACAACAGAUGGGACUUGCGAUUCAUUUUUGCUCCCCUGUGACAAUAUAUCUGAUUGGUUAACCUUUAGUUGCAAAGGUUCUUCUAUAAUAUUUGAUGUCCCAACAAUGAAGGGGAGUGACUUGAAGAGUAUGAUGUUGUUCGUCGUCUAUUACUCUACUCCGGAGAACAUAACAGCAGAAGGUUACCAUGGUGUGUUAAUCAUUAAUCACACAAAGACAACCAUUCAGGCCUAUAAAAGAGAUACACUAACCUCCUUUGAGGAUGAGGAUUGGCAGAACAUAAAAUCAAAUCUAGAACCUGGUAAUGAAGUGGAGGUUGUGCUUGUUUUUGGAGAGGGAUUCAUUGUGGAGAAGACAACAAUAUAUCUCUUAUAUGUUGAAUCAACGAACAAAGAAAUGGAACACUGCAAUGCAGUAGCGGAGGAGGAUGCUAUUGUUUCUGGGCAUGAAGAUACGGAUGUCGGUGUACCUGAUGGCUAUAACCUUGAUGUGCCACUGAGCAACAAUGUCACUGGUCUUGGUCAAUCAACGAACAAAGAAAUGGAACACUGCAAUUCAGUAGAGGAGGAGGAUGCUAUUGUUUCUGGGCAUGAAGAUACGGAUGUCGGUGUACUUGAUGGCUAUAACCUUGAUGUGCCACUGGGCAACAAUGUCACUGGUCUUGGUCAAUCAACGAACAAAGAAAUGGAACACUGCAAUUCAGUAGAGGAGGAGGAUGCUAUUGUUUCUGCGCAUGAAGAUAUGGAUGUCGGUGUACCUGAUGGCUAUAAACUUGAUGUGCCACUGGGAAACAAUGUCACUGGUCUUGGUCAAGAUGAAAAUAUAAGUGAAGAUAAGAACUUGCAUGCAAUGGAUAAGAGUUCUGGUGAUGAUGCCAUGGCAACAAAUAAGAAAUGUGCAUGCUGUUUCUGGUGGCGGUGACAUUGCAGAAGGCAAGAAUGGUACAGUUUCUAGUGAAGACGAAAAUGAUUUAAGCUUCAAAAAUGUGGGUUUAUUAGAGAUAUGGUGGACUCUUCACCAGGCUUCCUUCCCUUGUUCGUGCUGUUAUGAUCUCGCGGACUUUCUGGUUCAGACUGGUUGACAUUCUGAUUUGGAUCACUUGCCGCCAUUUUAAGAAAGGAAGAAGCCCGAACCUUUUUACAAGGCAUACACGAAGAGGUAAAUGGUUAUUGUAUUGCGCACAAAAGCUUAUUACUUACAAGAAGGCCAACAGUAUCAGCCAGAGUGUUAAGCUUGGGAGUAAUUGUAGGCCAACAUGUUAUGAGUCCUAAAAUGAGUAAAUAAUAAGACAGCUCGAUGUGGUAUUUAAGUCAUGAAGCUUUCUCCCACCAAAUGAACAAGUAUUUUGGGGUUUUCCUCUUGGACUUAAUUCAUAAACAAUUGGUCAGUUUCACUGGGAGUUGGGUCAGUGAAAGAGCUAUGUAUGUCCGGGUUUGAUUAAGUGGCAGAGGCAGUGGUCCAUGUACCUGUAGCGGAGGGUCCUGAGGUCGAUUCAGGAGCAUAUCACGGACAAACGAUGGCUUCCUGUAAGUCUCGAGGGGACAUCUUUAAAAUCCACAUUAAUAAGCCUCUUGAUGUCACAUUGUAACAUUAUUAACAAUUAUAUAUACGGCUUGUGUUUUUUACCAAACAAUUUAUUUAUUUUUUUUUUACCAAACAUAUAUGUAACUCU